AUGAUGCGCCUCAGCCUCUCCUUCGCCCUCCUGCUCGUCUGCGCAGUUGGAGCGCGCGCCUGCCAAAACGGCCAGGGCAACUGCCAAUGGUGCAACACAGACCUCCCCGAUGCCUGCUUCGAGUGUUUCGAAGGUUACAAGCUUGACAAGAAGCUGAAGUGCGUCAAGGAGCGCAAGUGCGUCGCCAACCUGGACGGUUGCAAGCGGUGCAACGCCACCGUGCCCUCGCAGUGCAGCGUGUGCAACGUGGGCUGGGCGCUGUCGCCCGCCGGCCUCUGCAUCAAGUGCACCGCCGGCCCCUACUGCACCGCCUGCGCCGCCAACAAGCCCUCGAUCUGCCGCAAGUGCUCCAAGCCCGGCAGCCCCAUUGGCAUGUACCCCAACGCAGCGGGCAAGUGCACCAAGUGCGAGCUGGCAAACUGCGCCAAGUGCACUCGUGUGGGAGCCUUUGCCCCGCGCAAGUCCAAGUGCACGCAGUGCAUCAAGGGCUACAAGCUGGUAGACAAGAAGGGGCAGCCAGAGACCUGCCGCAAGCUCUGA